GUUACAUUUUAAAAUUUAUAAAUAUACUUAUGUACCUUAAGGGUUAUUUAUAGAACUCAGGUAUUUGAAUUUCUACUAUUGAUCAGUGGGCCUUUUAAAAUCAAACAUCCGUGAAAUAGUACAAUUACCAAGAAGUUUCAAAAUGGAAGGACGACAGUUGUAUUUGUUUUUAUUUACUUUUCUUGCUUCUGUGAUCCAGAGCACGGCUACAUGUUAUUACUACACCAGUAGUUAUUACUGCUAUUAUUACUACACCUAUGGCAGUCAUUGGAGCACCGCACGAAUAAUUGGUUCAGCUAUCGGAGGAGGAAUCAGUUUCGUAAUUUGUAUUGUGGUAAUGGUUUUGUUAUGUAGAUUCUGUAAAAGACGUCCAGCUUACAAUGGAUCAACAAUUGUUAAUAAUCAAUCAGUCUCUACAGUGACUACCAAUGCAUCUCAACAACAAGCCUACAGUGCUCCAUACUAUCCACAACAGCCAGGCUAUCAACCACAGUACACAUAUCCUACUUACCCAGCCGGUCAACCAACUUACCCAGCCGGACAGCCAACUUACCCAACCGGCCAGCCAACGCAGCAACCCCCUAUGGCGGGUUAUUCUAAUAUAGCAUAUAAUCCUCCAUCGUACGAGGAAGCAUCCUAUCAAACUAAGCCAAACGAACAACCGACUGCACCAACGCCACAGUAAAUGUGCGUCCACUAGUACAAAGGAUAAUAUUUGCUAGCAGAGUGAGACAUCAUUUUAACUUUAUUUAAUUGAACUUUCCUUUUAUAUAUUCGAAUUCUUAUUUUCUGUGUACAAAUGCAUGCGUAUGUAACAUUGAUUUUAUUCACCCAAGAACUUCAGAAAAUACAUUACUCGAAUAUAUAGUGAACGCCUUUGACAAUUAUACCAAAGAACAUAGCCAUGAGUCUCAAAUUGUUUUUUUUUAUUAUUAUGAAAUAUAUUUUAAAGGGUAUAAGAAAACUGGGGUACUUUUGCCUUAUCAAAUAACUACAUCGUUUUUGUUUACCUGAAUAUUUCUGAGUGAUAAAAAAAAGGAAGAAAAAAAGCACUUCUAAUUGUCCACAAAUUGCAUUUAUGUUAAAUUUAAACUUUUCUCAGGGCGAAUUUAUUAUGUGCAUAAAUAAUGCUUGUUAAGAGCUAUAUGAUAAUAUACAUCAUGUUUAACAGCUUAUAUCUUCGUUAUUUGGACUCUAAGAUCUCCUGUCACUUAUUCAAUAUACAUCUUUAAUAUACUUAUAUUUUAAUAUAUUGCUACAGUUGCAUACUGACAUGCUUUAAACAAAUCCCGAUUUGUCAUUUCGUUAUCAUCGCUGGAGAAAAAAGGUAGUUCAGAUAAUCAACAAAGAAAUGUUUGACACGAUCGAUUUUGAUAGAUAAAAGCUCUACCUUAGCAAAUAUAAAUUGUAAGACUUAUACAUUGUGUUGAUUUAUAAAUGUUCAAUUCAAAUUUAUAAGUUACUUGAAUAACAACAUAUGAUUACUGCACAAAGAAAUAAUAUGUAUACAUUUUGCAUUUUUUUUUUAAAAACUGUAUAUAUAUAAAUGUAUUAUUUUGUGAGUAAUCAUGCGCAGUAUUAUUAUACAGAAAUAGUAAAUGUUUGACGUAAGGGGCCUUCGAACAUUCCACUCAUAAUCAUUCGAGUUGAGCAAAUGUUCGAUGUCAUUGGAGUAAGAUCAUACAAAUGUGGCAUUGCUAAAUUAUAUAUAUAGGUGCUAUUCUAAAUCCACAAGUUUUAUGACAUGGUGCUUUUUAUAAUUCUUGAAAUAAAGUCUUUCAUUUUAUAGUAA